CAGGGCCCAGCCAGGGCUCCAGGGACCACGCUCUUUCCGCUUCCGAUGGUGUGGGAAUCCAACGUCGCCCCAGGACGAGGCCGGGCCGAGGGACGACGCUGGAGGUCGAGGCCCUGUGGGUGCAAGCGCAAGGGUUGGCGGGCGUGAGGUCUGCAGCAAUAGCCGAUCAAGCCUCCGUCAUGGUCAUUCCCGUCCUCCGUCGUCUGCGGCGAUAUCUGUCCAUUGACCACGAUCGCUUUGGUCGCAAACGGCCUCGAUCGCCAUCGGAGCCAUCUCGGUUGAUCGCCUUCCACUCUGCUGCUCAUGGACACCCUCGCCAUAACCGAUCCAUGGCCCUCGCCGACCGACUCCCCGACCGACUCCCCGACCGACUCGCAGCCGAUACUGACCGAUCUGCUGCCGGCGCCAACCACCACAGGGACAAUCAGCGACAGCCCGAGGCACACCCGCCAGCAUACUCGCCAGCACACCAAGAGAUCUUCGCGAGCUCACCACCAUCCAGCCAGUGAUCAUAGGACAUCCCAGAGCGCAUCCAGCUCCGACACUAUCGCAGACAAUGCAGCACUCCCCGCAGCCACAGCUCCCACUCUGUCGGCCGCCGGCUUGCCAUCGUCUGGAUCUGCAAGCAGCAGCAGCAGCAGUAGCGGCGGCGGCCUGUUGGCUCUGGCGACUCUCUCCAACAUCCCUGCUGCUGUUGUGGCCGGAGCAACCGCACCGGCUUCCGACCCGACACCGACAUUGCUGGUCUCGGCUGUUCGUCAGGCGGCCACUCCCAACAGCCACAUCGUCGGCACUGCGAGCGGGGCAGCAUCCGCAGCUUCACCGCCCAUGAUCGUCGUCAUCGGCUGCGCCGUGAUUGCCUCCCUGGUCAUCGCCACCGUAUUCGCCCUCCUGUUCCGCCGACACUAUCGUUCCCACCGUCCCAAGCAGCUACCAGUGUCGCUCCCAGGCACACCCACUAGGGAGCCUGCCCCGGCCCCCUCGGGCCCCCUCAGCAUCCGCAUUCCGCAGCGACAGGGAUCAGAUCACAUCGACUCGCCACUUCUCAAGCCCGGCACGCUCUCGCCGUAUGUCACCACUCCCGUCUCGCCCUAUCCAGCUUCCCAGCCAGGAACCACGCCACUGCCGCCUCCAAAGCAUCCCGACCGACUCAAGAACAUCGAGUUGCAGAGAUCUCCGGAUGCACAUGGUCUCGAUGCCGACCCAGGCAUGAACUCGUACCGCCGCUGGAUAGAGGCAGGCAUCGGUAACCCCGAGCGGGUGCAGGAGGUCGCCGAUCUUGCCAUCAAAGAAAGCCGGCGGGCAUCCAAAGCCAGGGCUGCUGCUGCUGCUGUUGCUGCUGCUCCGGACCGCCGCUUCACUCCACUCGACUUGCAGGCCGUGAUGGACUCGCCCAAGCCUAGCCCUGGGAUCGUGCAUGUUCUGAAGGCCGAGGACUUUGGCGAGUCCGACGAGCCUUCUGGCUCAGGCAGCGCUCCCAGCAGCGACGACUUGGUUGACAGCAAGACCGACGACCUGACCCACGACAAGACCUCGGGCGACCGAUCCGCCGGCAUCGACCACAUCAAAAAAUGGGCCGCCAGUCAGGGACUGCAGCUCCCGCGCCUUUCCUACGGACUCGCGGACAUAGCACGCUAUCCAUCGUCACUCUACAGCUCCGAUCAACUGGACACUGUCCAACGGUCGCUGGGCUUGAGAGGACUUCGCAUCAGCCGCCUGGAUGUGAUCUCGGUGGCGAGUUCGUCGACGAAAAACAGCUCGAAUAACUCGGGUUCGUGAGCAGUGGGGCGGGAACUGGUCGCUGCUCUCGUUCAAACGCACUGCAGCCACCACACACCGACUUCUCUGGCCGAGUACUUUCGUGGCGAUGCCCGGGCCAUCCUCCGAGAGUUCAGAAACGACGGCCUCUCAUGCAUCUGCACCAACUGCUCGUUAAUAGUAUUCUGUUGCUUGUAUGGGUUCACCCGGGU